UUGUCAUUAUGAUUGUCGCUAAUGAUUGUCAAUGUCAUUACUACUUGUCGUUGUAGCUUUGUCUACUUCUGUUCACUCUGCUCAUGUCAUAGUUCCUUCGUGUCACAAGAACCUUCCCAAUUCCGACAUUCCGCCCCGCCCCUGAAGGCAGCACAAGCUCCGCCCACGUGGCGGGAUUUACUUUAAUCUGCGCGCGCCAGCGUGGAACCUGUAACACGACGAUGGCGUCCCGCGGCUCUUCACCUCAACUUCCUUCUUCUCCACGCUGACUGCCGCGCAGGAAUCGAACCCGCGACUCGCAGGCUGUGAGGUGCACGCGCAACAAGUGACCCGAGGAAAAGUGCGCGAUGUCUCUGCUGUGUGUCAGAGUGAAGAAAGCAGAACUCCUGGGACCUCCAGACAAGUUCAACUCCUACGUGACCCUGAAGGUGCAGAAGGUGAAGAGCAGCACAGUCACAGUGAGAGGGAAUCUUCCUUGUUGGGAGCAGGACUUCAUGUUUGAGAUCAGCCAUCAGGACUCGGGUCUGGUGGCAGAAGUUUGGAACAAAGGUUUAAUUUGGGACACUCUGAUCGGCACGGCGCUCAUACCACUAGACACCAUUCGACAGUCUAAUGAGGAGGGUCCAGGCGAGUGGACGUCUUUGGACUCUGAGGUGCUGAUGAGACAAGAUGAGAUCUUUGGAACAACCAAGCCAACACAACACCAAGUGCUGCUGGACGCACGCUUUGAGCUGCCUUUUGACAUUCCAGAAGAUGAAGCUCAAUAUUGGACUCGCAAGCUGGAGAGAAUCAACAGCAUGAACAUACAUGAUGAGUUUUCUCUACAGGACGUUCAAAGAAGACCGAUGCCUUCUGCUCCCUCGCAAUGUUCUUUCGACGACCACGACAGUGUGGUGGACGAGCAUGACAGCGACUACCGCAGUGAAACCGGCAGCAGACCCCCACGCUUCCACAACACCUCGCAGACCAACUCGUCCAUGCACCAGUACCCGAUAGGAGGCAAUGUACAGCAGCAGCACCUGUCGCGGGAGUCGGACUCGGCGCAAAGCUACGAGAUGGACUAUCCAGACCAUCGGGGGUCCAGACGCCCAAGCAGUAGGCAUGGCGUCAGAAUAAUCCCAGUUGACUCCGGAAUGGGUGUGGAGGAUUGGGAGGGCCGAUACAAAGUGUCUGACUCGGUAGUCUUGGAUGAUUACUUGGAUGCUGAGCAGAAAAUGUGGGAGGAUGAAGACAAAAGCAUCAUCUACUGCAUCACUGACCGACCGUGCCAGUCCAAAGGCAGCAGGUUCUACCAGACAGUCGAAUGUGAUGCGUUUUCACCUGAGGAAAGGGAAGCCCCUGACAGCAGACGGCGGUGCGGCCUCGGCACCGGAGAAGUCCGUUUGGUUUACAGGGAAGCGGGUAGCUUUGAGGACGAAUCUUCCCCGCCUGAGAUUGACAUCAUUCCUUCGGUUAAACAUCUCCACCAGCAAGUGGACAGAGAAGGUCUUCUCUACAAGACGAGACUGUGGGCAAAGACGGCUUUAGAGGAAAGUUAUGCAGCGUUUCGUGAGGAAGAGGACGCUCGGGAGGCUGCGAGGAUGAGACUGAGGAAUGAAUAUGGAUCUGUGGGAUCAGACGGAAUGCAGUACUCCUUUGGAUCUGAUGAGGAACUGGACGACCUGAUGUUCUCUGAAGAUGUUACUUACGAGUAUGAGUCAUACCACUAUACUGGUAAAUCUGUAGGCAGAGGAAGAAGUGGACAAGAUCAUUUAUUGUCGCCUGUAGAGGAACCCAGUGAGGACUACAUAGACCCCAUGGAUGAACUCAAAUGCUUAGUGAACUCAGUGUCUGAAUACUUGGCUGUUAAAGAGGAGGAGAUCAACAGCUAUGAGUCUAAACCUGUGAGGCGGAAACUGCCAUCAUUGCCGUCUACUAGUAAAGCCGAGCAACUUAUAAAAAGUAAUGACAUCAAACCUGAGGAAGAAGUGGCUGAACAAGGAAUAUCUAAUGUUAAAAACGUCAUGACUUCGUUAUUCAAUUCAAUUACAGGCUCAAAAGAUACCUCAGCUACCACGGCGCCUCCCAAAGACCCUGCAGCAGACUCUGGCAUCUUAAAACGUAUUUCCAUGACCCCGAAAAGUAGCCCAGGAGCCACAGAACCCUCAAGAACGACGUCUACAGACACGUCUUCCCCCAAGGCGAGGCCUCAGCCCGAGUCUGGACUUUCCAAGUUGCUUUACUUCAUUCCAAAAAGUGGCGGCACAUCACCCCCAGUGGCCAUUGUUCCGCCCGCCUCUCAGGAGCCCCCAACCGAGAAGAAGUUUUCUUUGCAGUCUCUGAUGCCUUUUCAGUCAUCUGAACCUACUCGGCAAGCUGAAGCUAAUCCGACACUUAGUAGCACAGAUGCUAGUGCUGACCAGACCACUUCUGGGUUAGAGUCUGUGUUUGGACGCCUCAGUCCUUUAAGAUUGUUUUCCAGUACCCCUCAAUCAAGAGAGCCAUCCCCCCAAUUAUCAGAGCAAAGAAGUACAUCUGCUGCAAGCAAUGAGUCUCUGCCCUGGUCUGCUAGUCCCAAUUGGGAACCUCUAUCUGAGAUGACACCAGGGUUAGGGAGUGAGUCAGUUGAUCUUUUGCCAGAUACAGGAAGUGGAUCAGUAGAGCUUCUUCCAGAGACCGAAUCAUCUGGUGAGCUACCUGAUGUUCAACAAAGAGCUCGUAUCUUACAUGAACCAAAACCUGUAAACAGCUCGGAUGAUACGGGCCUGUUCAGUCCUUUUAGGAAGUCUCUCUCAAGUUUAAUAUCUACAAAUCCUCCUGAAACCUCAGCACAGCUUGGACCUAAACCUGCAGAAGAGUCAUUUUUAGGCAGCAAACUCAAAAUCCCAUUUUUCUCCACUGAAGACACUUCCACAGCAAACCAGACAAAAUCUGAGGGAGGCGUCUUAUCAGGGUUUCUUAAGUUUGCAGCUGGGGAGGAUACCAGCGCUCCAACAAAAAGUCCAUCCCCAACCACAGCGAGAACCCCCUCACCAAGUCGCGCUGCGCUUCUUGAAAGUACCCCAAAAGUAAACGCAGAAACUGGUUGGUUUUCAAACCUGUUUAAGGUAUCCCAGGGUGAACCAGCUAAGGAAGCGAUAUACACCCAAAAGCCUCCUGCUGUGACACUAACCAAACCUACUGGUCUCACUGAGAUGCAUACUGAGCAAAACAUCCCUGAGGGAUCAGGUGGUACCACUGAUGAGAUUGAAAUAUUGUCCAGCGAGCAAACCUUGUCAGACAAAGAUAAACCGUGUCAUUCUGAUGCCAUGACAAAGGACCGUUCUAAUCUUAAAGAACAAACCAGAUCACAACCAGAAGUCUCUCAGCCUCAAGGGAUUCUCUCUGGGUUGUUGAAACUAGGGCCUGCGGAAGAGUCAUCCAAGAAAGCCCAAGGAGGGGACGGUCAGCCUCAAAUGGGAGGGCUAUUUUCAGGCCUGUUUUCAGCUCCAUCUCAGUCUUCUUCUCCCAUACAAAACACUACAACACAACCUUCAGGAGGACUGCUUUCUGGGUUUCUGAAAUUUGCCUCUGACAACAUGUCGGCUCCUCCAAAUCAGCCACCGUCCACCUUGCCAGAAAGCCAAUCUGGGCAAAUACCAGUUCAAGAACAACCUGCUAAUGCACAGCUGCCUACUGGUGGACUGUUGUCUGGACUCUUAAAAAAAGCAACUGACUCGGUCACUGGUUCUCAGCAAGCUCCCGCCAGUCAAGAGGCUAACCAAACCCUAAAAAGGAAUGAAAAUAAACAAAACUUAAAUCGUUCUGAGUCUACUCAGUUAGGAGAAGGUAAAUCGGGUUCAAUGGAAGCUUCUCCCUCUGACAAGCUUGAGCAUCAAAUAGAAGUAGCCUCAGAUCAACAAAAGCCUGAUCAAGAAAAACUAAAUCAACCAAAAGCAACAGUUACAACACCAAGACAGAGUUCUUCUCACUCACAGAAAGGAUUUUCAGCUCCCCAAGCUGCACAGCCAACAAAUCAGCAGCCAGGUAACUUGUUGUCUGGGCUUUUUAACAAGAUUGUAGAACCUACUUCAGCCCCAUCUCAGCCACAAACAACACCCUCUCAACAAGGAGGCUUCUUCUCAGGCCUUUUUGGAAUCGGGAACCAAGACUCGGCUCCUGCAAGUUCACAAAACGAGCAACAAAGUGCUCCACAAGGACGACAACCACCUCAGCAAUCAGGCAUUACACCAAACUUACACAGACAAAACCAAAUACCUCCACAGCAGCCCCAAAGCAGUCCUGGAGGAAUGCUUACUGGAUUGUUAAGCAAAAUUACAGAUCCAGGUGCCCCAACGUCUACUACUCCUUUAGGUAGUCAACAAGUUCAGCAAAGAGCAAGCCCUAAGGCAACCCACCAACCACCUAAUCAGCAAGGUUUCCUCACUGGACUCUUUUCUUCAGGACCUCCUCCAACACAGCAGCAACCAUCUGUUGGUCCUUCCAACCAGCAGCAACAACAGCAAGGUAGCAGGCAACCACUGCGAAGACAAAGCCAGAUUCCCCAACAACCUGCUGCUUCUGCAACCGAGCCGCAACAAGGCGGCCUGUUGUCAGGACUGUUCAACAAAUUAACGAUUACAGAUAUUGCACCACAGCAAUCAAGCCCACAGACGGGAUCUAAAAAGAGCAGUAUAUCAAACAUUGCUGCAUCUGAAAAUCAAAAGGCUAGUCCACAGUCCCAAGGCAGUCUACAAGGAGGUUUCAUUUCUGGGUUGUUUAGUCAAACACCACCUCCACAGCAGCAACCAGCAGGAAAAACGAUAGGUCCUCAACAGGCUGCAACAGAACAAACUAGUCAAAGCGGAGGUUUGCUGUCAGGCAUUCUGAAGCUUGCAUCAGGUGAGAAUGCCCCACAGGAACCUCCUAAAAGUCAAGGAAGUCGACCAGGGCAAAACCCUGCCCAGUCUGAAUCAGGUGGGCUCUUAUCUGGCUUGUUAAACAAAGUUUCAGCUAAUGUGGAACAGGCAACCUCACCUGCUGAACAGGAAAGCAGUAAAAAAACGCAACGACAGCAGCCAGCGCAUGCAGGGCAGGGACGUCCACAGAUUCAGAGGUCAAAACAAGUGGAGAUGCAACCCUCACCUGAUCUAGCUUCAGAGAAAGAUCCAAAAGAAACUCCUCAAAAGGGAUUUUUAUCAAGUCUUUUUGGCACCCAGGAGGACUCAAAGAUCCAGAAGCCACCAGCAUCCAGCAUUGGCAAGCUUGAGACAAAACCGUGCAACACAAAUAGCUCAUCUACAAGUCUUUUAUCAAGCAUUUUCAAACCAAGUUCUAGUGACAGCACCACUCCUGCUCCUGAUAAGGAAACAGAAAAAGGCCUUCUCAACCGUCUCCUGUCAAAGACUAAGGAGGAUAUACCUUCAAGUACUGCUGUUGCUACAGGUGUUGGUACCUCAGUGGAACCGCCCCAGCAGGUCUGUAAAGAUCCUACAGUCUCUCCCACCCAGCGUUAUUUUGAGGAAAUUGAGCGUCUCCUGUACGGGACAGCAGAUGAGUAUGGCUACAAAGACCUUAUGUACAACUUCACAGAGCAUGGUGUGAUUCCACCCGAGCUCUAUGAGCAUCAAUGUCUCAUUGAGGCUCUUCUGUGGCAGCAGCUAAACGACUAUGCUCUCGCUGAAGCUCUGGCAGGUCAAGCUCAGGAAAGCUACCGAGAAUCCCAAACACAUUUUACUACUACGUUGCGCUCACACCAAGGGGAGAGUCACGCAUGGCUGAGUCCUAAUGUGAUGGACAUGGGUAGAUUUAAUGUCCCGUCACAUCCUUGGAAGGAUGCGGCCUCCCAACUGUUUGAAAACAGAAAUCGCUUCUUGGAACCAGAUGAAGACCUGGUUUUGUUUGACAUGAGCUGUAGAGACAAACAUUUGUGGAAUAGCUGUGACCACUUACAUGACCUCGGCAGUAAUAGACAACCUUGGAUUAUGGGAGCUGAGGGUCUAAACCUUUCCACAAAGAAGGCCAAGACCAAACUAAAUCGAUGUCAGUCUCUCACAGAGUGCGACACAGUGCAGAAGGCUGUUUCUUUCACAGAUGUAAAAGUUGAUAACUUCAGUUUGAAAUCAGCCACUGAGUUUUUGAAACAACUAGCCAACAAAAAGGGUCCAGUAGAUCUAACAUGUGGCGCUAUGGAUCUAAGCAGAUCAGCAGGGGCUGCAGCGUUGGGUGAUGAUGAAUUGUUCUUUGAGGACACGGAAUGGUAUCAACAAUGGCUUUCUCUGUUGGAGCAAGGCAUGUGGUGGCCAGCUGAAGCCGGGGACUGUGGAUAUUAUGUGUACACAAAUGAAGACUAUAUCUACUCUCUUUUAACCGACAGAGCAGGUAGACAUCUCUAUGCCUGUGCUGCACCAGAAGAAGUCCAGGCUCUAAGCAACAUUACUGAAAACAUUGCAAACAUUCUGACACAAAAAGAAAAGGAGAAGGUGACGUUGUGUGGUUUUAAAAUACCACUCUGUCUAGAAGAAAAGGGUCUUUGGUCUCCAGUACCCCUUCCGACCAACUCAAUGCUUUCAGACGCACCAGUGGAUCUAACGUCUGCACUACAAAAGGGUGAAAAAAUCAUGAAUAUGAAUUUGGAAUGCUUUUCUCAGAUGUUUCAGGAAUCUCUGUCUUCACAGUCCGAUGCCCCUGUCGACUUUACUGUGUACAAGCUCAAGAAGAUCACAGUGGGAGCAGUAGAAAACCCUCAUAACUGCCACGAGCUGCCAAUGAAAGCAGCUGAUCUUACAAAGAAAUCCCUCAAAGGGGCACAUGGAGGUCCAUACUGGAAGAAUCAAGAGAUGAAAGAUAAGCCAACAUCCCCAACUCCUUCUUCUCUAAGGGCAUCCAGACAUCUGUCUCCCAAACACCAUCACCCUCUUCCUGAGAUCCGGAUUGCACAUGCAGAUGAUUCACCUGUGGACAAAUUUUCCAAAAAAUCAAACUCUGUAACUUCAAAUAUUGCAACAAAUAUUCCAAAAGCCACUAAUUGUGAUACGAGUAAAUCUUGUCCACUUCUGCCCUCAACAGCUAGCAAGUUGUCUUCAAACAUUUCCAGAAACCUUCCUCAGACGCCAUCAGCGUCAAAGAUACCAACACCUGCGCAAAGGAAACUCCCCACUUUACGAGAUGUUACUUUAACUCCUUCAGCCCAGACCACAAGCACUCAGAGUUCAAUCGUUUCCUCUUCUGUAAACUCGUCUUGUGUUUCCUCUCAGCAGAGACCUCGGCUUGCGAGGCAGCAGUCUGAAGCAGAAAAGCCCCGGGAAUUAUCACAAGCCAGUAAGACUACUGGGAUUUGCGACAUUAACGAAAUAAGUAGCUGCUCAGCAGAGCGACCAUGCUCCCCUUCCAUAAUUCAGUCUUCAAUUCCAAAAUCCCCACGCAAAGGACCACCACAGUUACAUAUCCUAAAUCCCAGGGCAAGUACUGAAUAUGAGCUGUACAACAGGAAUCGUUACAUUGGCUCAUCUCUUGGCCCUUUGGUGGGUCAAAAAUUAUUGGAUUUUUCCUCAACAAGCGAUAAGAAAAAACAUUCAAAUCAAAAAGAUGUGCAAACAGAAUCUUCGCAGCAAAAAUCUGACGUUGUUGACUUUACAAAAUACAAGUUGAAAAAAAUUAAAGCAACAAUUCAGAUGGAUAGGGAGGCAAGUGUAGAUUUCAUUGCCAAGAUUGCUGUAGAUCUUACUAAACAGACGGAGGAACAGAUGGAUGAGUGGCAUCUAUCAGAAUGUCGUACAAUGAACCAUUCUCCCGUCUCUCAGACCACAUACGGACCCACUCAUAGCAAACCAAAAUCGGCCGAUUCACAGAUUGAAACUGAUUGUCAGUCUUCAAUGCAGAUCCAACGACCAGUGGAUGCACACAAAAUUGUGUCUUCCACUGCUGAACACAUUUCUGCUAAUGAAACAAAUCGUUAUGAAUGUUUCACCCCGCAGACCAACUCUGGAUCAAUGCAAUCUCUACCUACCUGUCCCCAAAUGAGCCCUGUUGCGAAACAAGUAAAGGCUAAAGAAAAACAACUAAACUUUGCUGUUAACGUUCAGAGGCAAUCACAUGGAAAUAUAGUGACACACCAGACUCCCAUUGACUGCAGAAGAGCAAUGGUUUCAUCCACGUCCUUUAGGUUUAGUGAGAAGGCACUACAGCACCAGGAGAACACCAUACCAGCAAACUCGGUGAAAGCUGUGUUAGAUAUGUCUGCCAAGAUGAAAGGCCUGCCAAAGCAACUAACAGUGCAACCAAAAGAUCCAGAUACAGCCUGUAAAGCACUAUCCUUGACUAAGAGAAAACCUCUCAGUUCUGAUAGAACACUCAAGAGUCCAAGUCGUCAUGAGUCUCUUGAUCUGUCAUAUCAAGAAGUACCAGAGAUCUUAGGGCAGCAAACACAGAAUAUUCAUCUCCUCCGUUAUGAGGGUUACCAUUCUCAUCUUAAAGAUAAUCAAGACUGUUCAGUGAAGAGAGAGGAUGUUUUACCAGGCAAUCGCAGCAUAAUGUCACUUCAUCUGUGUCAUUUAAGUAAAUCUACCGAGCACAAAACCACAGCACCAGCCAAUGCAGUGAAGGCUACACUUGACAUGUCUUCAAAAUCAGUCAAUUUAGCAAAGGUAGUUCCUGACAUAAGAGCAGAUGAUGUACUGACCAAAGGUAUAAACUUAACAAGAGGCAAGCCCACUGCCCGCGAGCUUGCACGGAAAAACUCUGUUGGCGUUCCACUCAUUAAAGAGCUUCCUUCUCAAGAAUCUCAUGACUGGAUUCCACAUCAGGAACCGUCUCUGCAGAGGACAACUACUGUCCCUCUGUGGUUAAAUCGUAACAACUCACUGCCGCCAACGACAGUUCCAACAUGUCAAACGUCUACUUCAGUUGGUCUUGAAAGAGGUGCUCCACUGGAUAUGUCACCCAAGCCAUCCCAGACCGCACCUGGAACAAGAGAGUCCGAUUCCAGUCUUGAUGAAGCUGUUUCGCUGAUCAAUAAGCCAAGUGCAAGAGUGGCUGCUAGAAAGGAUUCUGUUGGUCUUCCUCUUGUAGUUGAACUAACACAGCAAGAACCCACCUGCCGUAAGCUACCUCAACGUGUUUUUAAAGUAGAUCCAGCUCAAGAAGGAAUGAUAACCUUGAGUGGCAUUAACAAAACCAAGACACUGCAUAGGCAGAUGUCCACCUGCCAUAGUAAUGAGGCAUUCUCCUCCUCAAAGACCAAGUUCCAGUCUGUGCAACAGCAAAAUAAGCAGUGGACUUCUCUGCCAAAGACAGUGUGA